CCUCCCUGCAGAGACCAGAGCCCCCAAAGGGAGCAGAGGCAGAAAGGCUCUUCCAUGCCUGGAAAAAUAAAAUGCUGGCUGUCUCCUGGCAUUUCAGAGCCUAAUCUCAAAAGGAUCAUGCGAAGAGGAAAUAGAGUUUAGCAUGGCAGACCGCUCUGCAGGGUACACUUGUCCAUGGAAUUUUCCCACAAAUCAUACCACCACCAUGAGAGAAAAAUGAUCACUGUUGACUCAAAGCUUGAAAAAUGAGCAGGCGGACUUGCUGGGUGUGUACGAUGUGCAGAGACGCGUCGAAGAGGCCCCCUUCAAACCUUACUUCGGAGGAAGUGUCACAGUGGGCCCAGUCUUUUGAGAAGCUGAUGGCGACAAAAUAUGGGCCGGUAGUCUACGCGGCAUACCUGAAGCUGGAGCACAGCGACGAGAACAUCCAGUUCUGGAUGGCCUGUGAGACCUACAAGAAAAUCGCCUCGCGAUGGAGCAGAACUUCUCGGGCGAAGAAGCUUUACAAGAUCUACAUCCAGCCACAGUCCCCUAGAGAGAUUAACAUUGACAGUUCGACAAGAGAAACCAUCAUCAGGAAUAUUCAAGAACCCACUCCAACGUGCUUUGAAGAGGCUCAAAAAAUCGUGUAUACGCACAUGGAGAGAGACUCAUACCCCAGGUUUCUCAAGUCGGAGAUGUACCAGCAACUUCUGAAGACUAUUCAGCCCAAUGACAAUUCCUGACGACCACUCAGAAGCUUAAACUGAAGGCAGUCUAUUGAAAGUGUUGGCUUUGUUCUUCUAACUUACACACACACACACAAUGCAAAACAGAGUAGGAAUAAAGUACAAGGAAAGGAACUACAAAUUGAGUUCUCGUUCCCAAAGGGAAACAGAUCUCUGAAGGGAUGGACUGGAGAACUCUGAUCACAUGACUAAUACAAUUUACGGCAUACCUAAGUAGUGCUCUGAAAAAGGACAAUCUUUCUUCACAACGCCAAUAUUAUUAACGUUUUUACUGUGGUCAUCAACUGAUGGAAGUAUUCUUAUUAAUGAAAUUUUGUCACAAUGUACAGAUUAGUCCUUCAAAGGCUGUAGCUAUAUAAGUUGUGUCUCUAGCACAGUGGGUCUCAACCUUCCUAAUGCCGCGACCCUUUAAUACAGUUCCUCAUGUUGUGGUGACCCCCAACCAUAAAAUUAUUUUCGUUGCUACUUCAUCACUGUAAUUUUGCUACUGUUAUGAAUCAUAAUGCAAAUAUCUGAUAGGCAGGAUGUAUUUUCAUUGUGACAAAUUGAACAUAAUUAAAGCAUAGUGAUUCAUCACAAAAACAAUAUGUAAUUAUAUAUGUACUUUCCCCUGUAAAAGGGUCGUUCGACCCCCAAAGGGGUCGCGACCCACAGGUUGAGAACCGCUGCUCUAGCAGAAUGUAACAUUUUGAUAGAGUGCUCUUAAUAAUGUUAAUUAAUAGAUAAACUUAGUACCCACAGUACAAUCAAUUGUGUUAUGCCAUGAGUGAUACCAAAAAGAUGCGUUCUUUCCCUGGCUGGUGUGGCUCAGUUGGUUGGGCAUCGUCCUGUGCACCCACCGUAAGUUGCUGGUUCAAUUCCUGGUCAGGGCACAUACCCAGGUUAUGGGCUCAAUCCCUGGUAGGGUGAGUGCAGGAGGCAGCCAAUCAAUGUUUCUCUCUCACAUUGAUGUUUCUAUUUUUCUGUCCCUGUCCCUUCCUCUCUCUCUCUAAAAAGCAAUACAAAUAUUUUUUAAAGAUGGAUUCUUGAGAAAUGUUUUGACCUGUAAAAUUUUCCUACUAUUAUGCUCAUAACUGAAUUUCUAUGUUGCGUAUAUCUUCUACAUGUGAAAAAUUCCUGAUGAUUCAAAGCUGUUAAAAAUGUAUUAAUGUCUUCCUGUGGUUUUAUUAGUAUAAAAAUUCGGUUCCUAUACUUUCAGAAAUUUUAUUCUUCACAAAGUGAAUUCAUCAUGGGCCUGAUAAUCAAUAAAUCCAAAUAUAAAUUUAAAAUUUAUAAACAUGUGGGGUGUUUUCAAAGACAAUAAAGUUAUUUUUCCACUAAAAGGUUUUUUAAUCUGUCCUAUCAUAGCAGCUUAGAAUUUGUCAGAAGAUUCCAGAGGAAAGAACUCAUGUCUGUUUCCAUAUAUUCAGCACAAAUCACAGGACAAAUACUUCAUACACAUGAACAAAUAGUCUAUGCUUUUAAUGAAUAAAAUACCUAGAAAAUAUAUCAAGUCGUUUUUCCAAAAAAUUAACUGCAGGAAAAUCUGAUUCAAGAUCUUUUGAAAUGUGUUUCUUGGGUCUCAAAUUUGACUGCAUUAGCAUGACUAUUAUAAAAUGCCUAGAAACCCAUGCAAUAGCACAUGAAAAAAAAUGAAAUGGAAUUCUUCUCCUGAAGCAGAGGAUUAUUCUAACACUGAAUACAUACUUGGGGGCUCAUUUCUGAGAAAGAGAAUUAGCUGUGCAAGAGAAAAUUGUUGUUGAGCCCUGCUGGUAUGGCUCAGUUAAUUAACAGAUAAACUUAGUACCCACAGUAUAAUCAAUUGUGUUAUGAGUGGUUAUGAGUGGUUGAGCUUUGACGUAUAAACCAGGAUGAAAUGGUUUGAUUCCUGGUCAGGGCACUUGAUCCCCAUUAGGGGGCGUGCAGAAGGCAGCUGAUCAAUGAUUUUCUCCCAUCAUUGAUGUUUCUAUCUUUUUCCCUCUUCC